AUGGGUGCUUAUGAUUAUUCUGAUUAUAUUAAUCGCGUUCCAGAAGGACGUUCAAUUUCGUUUCAAUGUGAAAAAGGGAAUCUUUUAAUUGGUCCUCCAAAGGCAACUUGUCAAUAUGGAAAGUGGCGUCCAGAUAUAAAACCAAAAUGUGUAUUUCAAAGGCAUCCAACUAUUGAAGGGCAAAUUUUGUGGAGUAGAGUUAAACGUUCAUUUAAUUUAACUAUGGGGGAAGAAAAAAUUGAAAAAUGUCAACUCCCAACAGAAGAAAAAUUGAAAAAGAAUGGGUGGAAGUUGAUAAUUAAGGAAAGCAAAGAAUUAAUUGUUGUUUGUAGAGGGGGUUUCGAAUUGUUUAAUGAGUUAAAAGCGAGUACUCCUUUGGAGCAAAUCAGUCGCUGUGUUAAUGGGCAGUGGACACCUAAAUUAAUUGAAUGCAGACCAAGUAAACUUUAG